GAGACUGGUUUCCUUUGACCCUCCCCGCGAUUUCCGGUAACGUUCCGCUUCCUCCGGAAGUCGGAAGGAGCCGCUCUGUCCGUCCCGCUCGAUGGUGGCGCGGUUGCAUAGCUGGUAGUUAAGGGCCUUUCAGCCGCGGGGCCGGCGCACGUUUAUUUAGAAACCUGUUAGGAGGUUAUGGAUGAUAAACCCAAUUCUGAAGACCUAAAUGAGAAUUCAGAGCAUCUUUUCUCCUUUGGAGUUAUCGCAGAUAUUCAAUAUGCUGACUUGGAAGAUGGCUUUAAUUUCCAAGGAACCAGGCGGCGAUACUACAGACAUAGUCUUCUUCACUUACAGGGUGCCAUUGAAGACUGGAAUAAUGAAAGCAGCACACCCUGUUGUGUCCUUCAGCUUGGAGAUAUAAUCGAUGGAUAUAAUGCACAGUAUAAUGCUUCAGAAAAGUCCUUAGAAGUUGUUAUGGACACAUUCAAGAAGCUUAAAGUUCCAGUUCAUCAUACAUGGGGAAACCAUGAGUUCUAUAACUUCAGGAGAGAAUAUUUAACACACUCUAAACUUAACACAAAGUUUCUAGAAGACCAGAUUGAACAUCAUCCCAAGACCAUGCCUUCAGAGGAUUACUAUGCUUAUCAUUUUGUACCAUUCCCUAAAUUCCGGUUCAUUUUACUUGAUGCAUAUGACUUGAGUGUCUUGGGCAUGGAUCAGUCUUCUCCAAAAUACCAGCAGUGUAUGAAGAUACUGAAGGAGCACAAUCCAAAUAUGGAACUGAAUAGUCCUCAAGGACUUUCUGAGCCCCAGUUUGUCCAGUUUAAUGGAGGAUUCAGCCAAGAACAGCUAAACUGGUUGAAUGAAGUGCUUACAUUCUCUGAUACAAACCAAGAAAAGGUGGUGAUUGUGAGCCAUCUUCCCAUUUACCCUGAUGCCUCUGACAGUGUGUGUCUGGCCUGGAACUACAGAGAUGCCUUGGCAGUCAUUUGGUCUCACAAGUGUGUGGUGUGUUUCUUUGCUGGUCACACCCAUGAUGGUGGCUACUCUGAGGAUCCUUUUGGUGUAUACCACGUCAACCUAGAAGGAGUUAUUGAAACAGCUCCAGACAGCCAAGCUUUUGCCACAGUUCACGUCUAUCCUGACAAAAUGCUGUUGAAAGGGAGAGGCAGAGUUCCAGACAGAAUUAUGAAUUACAAGAAAGAGGCUGGGAGUGGUGGUUCACGCCUGUAAUCUCAGCACUUUGGGAGGCCGAGGUGGGUGAAUCACCUGAGGUCAGGAAUUCGAGACCAGCUUGGCCAACAUGGUGAAACCCCGUCUCAAAAAGAAAAAAAAAAAAAAAGAAGAAAGAGCCUUCCAUUGUUGGUCUUAAUUUAUAUUAACUUGAUAGAAAACGAGCUUUGUCUUUGUUCCCCCAGACAAACAAACAAAAAAAAUCCUGGGUCUCAUUGUUUAGUAUUCAGCUUGUGUAACAAAAUGUAUUCAUAGUUUCAGUGUGUGUUGGUUGAUAAAGUAUUCAGAAAUGUCAUUUUGGAUAAAGUAUCCAUUGUAAGUUAGAAACACAGUAAACUAGGGAGGAGACUGAGCAGGGGUGUAUAGUCCUCAUAAAGGGCUUAUAGUCCUCAUGAGGGAUUUUAUUUGGCCUAACCUGAUUUUUUAACUUUUUACAAGGAGAAUGUAUUCACGUUUAUUAACUAUGUAACUUCAAGUUCACCAUAUAAGCUCAGGUAAACUUUUUCCGUUCACCCUGCUGUGUAACUGAGCUUUGGAGAAUUUUUGCUCAGAACACCUACACUUGGAUUUUUAUAAGCUUGUUUUCCCAUUUUGUAAACAAAAUUACCAACACAUAUUUCACAGUGAGUGUGUGGCGCUCCCAUCCCUGUAAGAAGGGCCUUCAGAAAAAUCAUAUUGUCCUCUUGUGAUUCGUAGGACAAGUGGCAGUGCAGCCGUGUGCCAGCCAGCUUGGUCUCUUUGGGUCACCAACUAGUGCUGGGUGAACCUACAGCAGGUAAAUGAAUUUACACUGACUCCCUUUGUACACUAAUGGGAGAUGCUUAACACCGUUUUCAUAUAUGUUAAGGCUUAUGUGCAGAAACACUAGAUGGCAAAUGGGGACUACUCAGGUGUGGAGAAAGAUUGAUAGAGCGCCCAAAACAUAAUAAAAAAUAAGCAUGCCAGUUGAAUACAUGGGCACUAAAGGGGUAUAAAGGAGUAUUAGCUUUCUAUGGCUGCUGUUAGAAAUCAAACCUGGUGGCUUAAAACAAUACAUUUGUUCUCUUGCAGCUUGGAGGUCAGAAGUCUGAAAUCAUUUCCGCUUGGCUGAAACCAAGGUAUUGGCAUGGCCAUGCUCCCAUAGGAGGGUCUAGGAAGAAUCCUCUUCCAGCCUCCAGAGCUGUACUUUUGCAUUCUGUGGCCCACAGCCCCUUCUUCCAUAUUCAGAGCCAGCAGUGUUGCAGCUUCAAAUCUUUUACUGUCAUCUCAUAUUCUCUGCUGUCCGUAGUCAGAUCUGCUUCAGCCUUUGUCUUGCAAGGACACUUGUAGUAACCUUUGGGACCCAACCAGAUAAUUCAGGUAACCCCCAUCUCAUGAUGGCUUAAUUACAUCUGCAGAAAUUAUUUUGUGAUAUAAGGUACCAUAGGUUCCAGGGAUUAGGACAUGGAUAUAGUUGUUCAGCUGACCACAGAGGUGACUAUAAUGUACUUCUGCACUCAUAGACCUUACCAUGAAUUAAACAGACAUCCAUGAUUUAAAUAUGUGAAAUUUGUGGUCACACAAAGGACCAAGGGAACAUGGAAGAUUACUUUUGUUCGAAGGGAUUGGGGAUAACAUACAAAAUGAAGAAAAAUGUCUUGAAUAAGUAGAGAAGAGUAUAUCAAGAAGAACAGCAAAAGCAGAGGCAUCAAAAGGUAUGCUGAAAUUAGAUGUGGCAAGUCAUGCUGUGACGAUUCACCAAAAAGGUGCCAGGUUGGAGGCAGGGGGAUAUGGCAAGAAAUAUGGCAGAAAAGGACUGGCUGGGGCCAUAUUACGGAGAGCCUUGAAUGAUGAGCCAAGAGUUAGACUUUAACUUGCCAGAUAGUAUGGAGUCCUUAGAGCUUUCUGAGCUGUGUGAAGUAGAGAACAAUGGAAGAAAAAUGUGGAGGUGUGAAAGAUUUUAGCAAUAGAGGCCAGGCGGGUGGCUCAUGCCUAUAGUCCCUGCACUUUGGGAGGCUGAGGUGGACAGAUCACUUGAGCUCAGGUGUUCAAGACCAGCCUGGGCAACAUGGCAAAACCCUGUAUCCACAAAAAAUUUAAAAAAAUUAGUGAUGCGCACUUGUAGUUGAGGCUGAGGUAGAAGGAUCACCUGAACCUUGGGAGGUCAAGACUGCAGUGAGCUGUGAUUAUGCCACUGCACUCCAGCCUGGGUGACAGUGAGACUUUAAAAAAAAAAAAGAUGGGGGCUGUAACUCUCUCUUGAUCUUCUAUUUCAGUAUAUUACCCAAUCCCUGCUCCCCUCUAUUUUAAUCAUCUGCAGCCCUCUGUAAUAUUUCUGAACACUUUGUAUCUUCAGAGUGCUCUUACAUUAUCUAGAUUGAUCCUUGCAACUAUAUGAAUAGAUCUGGUAUUAAUCCUAUUUUAUAGAUAAAGAAAUACCCACCAGGGGGGUUAUAUAUUUGCCCAAAUUAAAUAGUUACAAAGGUGAGUAGUUAGAACUUGCAUUUAAACUUCUAUUCUCUAGCUUUUUCCACUACAUUAUGACACAAGACCCUGCAUAAAGGCUUCCAGAAAAUAUCAGACUGUUUCUCACUUGUCCCAUCCAAUCUUAUAUCAAAUAAAUUGUAUGCAGCCUUAAAAAGUUAUUUGGAAUUUUUAAAAACUCUGUUAGCCCAAAUUACCUGAAAUAAACUCCUGAAAACUGGAGUUUAUAAAAUAUUUAUAAUGUUCCCCUAAUGUUUAUAAAAAAUUGACUGAAAACACUCAUUUUAAAAAUGAAAUUCUUGAAUUUAUUUAAAUUACUGUCUUGCAAUGAGUUGGCCAGGAGGACCGCAUUUCCUUGUUAACAUAUAUGUAGACCCAUGAGAUAAAUGGGAAAAGUGUGAUUACAAUGGCAAUAGCCAAUUGAAUUCUUCCACCAGCUGGAUUCCUAUAAAGACACAAAAAUUAUUAUAAAUAAAAAUCCAAUAAAAAGUAUGGAUUGCUUUGGAAAGAAGUAUAAAGACUGACUUGAUAAAACACAUAGUUACAUUUUAGUAUGUUCUCAUCUCAGUUGUUUUAUAGAAAUAUAACAUUAAUUUGUAGAAAUUCUUUAUAUAUAUACUAAAUGUAAAUCCUUGUUUAUAUGUGUUACAAAUACCUUGUCCCACUUGAUGUCUUUUGAGGAACAGAAGUCAUUGAUUAAUUUGACAAUGGUAAAGUUGAUCUUUUCCUAAUGAUUUUUGAGUUCCAUUUAAGAAUUUCCCUCACCAAAGCCUGGAACGUAUUCUAUUUUCCAGUAUAAGCUUUAUUGUUUUGCUUUUUUAUAAUCUGUGAUCCCCUUGGAAUUGAUUUUUAUGAAAGUUGUGAAGGUAGGGUUCACUAUUUUUCCAAGUGGAUAUUAAAUUUAUCUAAGCCUAUUUAUUGAAAAGACUGACUUUCUUUGCUACCUUGAAGUACCAUCUUUGUCAGAAGUCAGAACUACGGAUGUAUAGAUCUGUUUCUAAAUUCUACUCUGUUCUAUCAUUUUAUUUAUUCAUCCAUUUGCCAUUAUAUGGUUAGCCUUCCAGUUAUUUCGGUUUUCUUCAGUUUCUCCCUUAAUGUGUUACAGUUUUCUGUGUAGAGAUUUUGCUGUCUCUGCUAGACUGGUUCCUAGGGAGUUGAGUUUUUGAAUGUUUUUAUUAAUGGUAAUUUUUUGUUUUAUCACUUGUUAUUUGCUGAUAGAAAUGCAGUUGAUUUUUGUAUCCUGAUCCAGUGACCAUACAAAACUCACUUAUUCUAGUAAUUAUUUAGAUUCUUUUUUAUUUUCUAUACAUGUCACCCACAAAUAAUGAAAAUUUUAUUUCUUCUUGUCUAAUCCUUGUGUACUUUAUAUCUUUUUCUUGCCUUAUUUUACUGGCUGGGACAAUAGCUAGGAUGGCAUUGAAUAGAAGUGGCAGUAUGGCCAACCUCAUCUUAUUCCUGAUCUGAGAGAGAAAGUUUUCAACUGUUUACCAUUAAGUCUCAGGCUUUAGUGCAGAUAUCCUCUAUCAGGGUUAAGUUCCCUUCUACACUCACUUUCUAAGAGUUUUUAACAUGAAUGGAUGUUGAAUUUUAUGAAAUGCUAUUUCUGUAUGGAUCUAGAAGAUAAGUUAUUUUCAUUCCAUUAAUGUGGUGGAAAACAUUGGUUGUUUUUUUUAAUGUUAAACUAACUUUGCAUUCCUAGAAUAAACCAGACUUGGUGGUUGGGUUAUACAUUGCAGGAUUUGAUGUGUUGCUUAGGAAUUUUCCAUCUGUAGUCAUGAGUGAGAUUACCAUGUAAUUUCUUUCUUUUUUGUCAUGUUCUUAUCAAGUUUUGAUUAUCUGUCCUCAUAAAAUUAGUUGGGAAGUAUUUCUUCUUUUUCUGUUCUCUGAAAGUAUUUAUUGAAAGUUGGUAUUCUUUUUUUCCUUAAAUGUUAUGUAGACUUCUCCAACUAUAAAAUUCAAAUUAUGAACUCAAUUUCUUUAAUAGUUAUGGGACCAUUCUGAGUAUUUCUUCUUGUGUAAAUGUUGGUAAACUGUAUUUUUUCAAGAUAUUUGUCUAAUUUAUAGUUUCAAAUUUAUUGGUGUAAAGUCUUCAUAAUAUCCACUUAUGAUUUUUACAAUACUUAUUAGAUACAUAGUAGUAUUCUUUUUUAUUCCUGACAUUUGUUAUUUGUACUUCCUCAUGAUCUUUUUUUCCUUUUUGUCUUGUCAGUCCUUAUCAAUGUUAUAAAUCAUUUCAAAUAAUCAAUAUUUGACCUUAAUUCUCUAUUUUUAUGUUGAUUUUUUUAUUUCACUGAUUUCUGUUUUUAUAUUUAUUUUCCUCUUGUUUCUUUGGGGUUUAACUUGCUGUUCUUUUCCUAAUUUCUUGAAAUAAAAAAUUCCUAACUCCUGGGAGCUUAAAAAAUAAAUGUACUUAAGGCUCUAUGUUUCCCUCUAAGCAUGAUUUUUAGCGGCAUCUCACACUUUUUGAUAUAUAAUAUUCACCUUAUUCAGUUCAAAAUAUUUUCCAAUUUCUAUUGUGAUUUCUUCUUUGACCCAAGUGUUAUUUGAAACUGUAUUUCCUAACUUCCAAAUAUAUAGGAAUUGCCUAAUUAUCUUUUUGGUAAUGAUUUCUAGCUUAAUUGCACUGUGGUCAAAGAACAUACUCUGUAGGAUUUCAGUCCUUUGAAAUUUGUUGGCACUUAUUUCAUGGCCAAACAUAUAGUCAUUUUGUAAAAUACUCGAUGUACUCUUGAAAUGUGUAUCCUGCCAUUAUUGGUUUCUUAAUAUGUGGUUAAAAUAUUUUAUAUCAUUAUUUUUAUUUUUUGUGUUUGUUAGUAACUGAGAGAAGUGUGUUAGUCUCCCAAAAUGACUGGCUUUUUCCAUUUUUCUUCUUAGUUUUGUCAAUUUGUGUUGUAUUUAUUUGGUGGCUGUGUUAUUAGGUCCAUACAAAUGUAGCAUUGUUAUAUCUUCUUGAUGAACUGAACCUUUUGUCAUUAAAAAGUGUCUUCUUGGGCCGGGUUUGGUGGCUAACACCUGUAAUCCCAGCACCUUGGGAGGCUGAGGCAGGCAGAUCACAAGGUCAAGAGAUCGAGACCAUGCUGGCCAACAUGGUCUCUACAAAAAAACACAAAAAUUAGCUGGGCAUGGAGGCACACUCCUGUAGUCCCAGCUACUCAGGAGGCUGAGUCAGGAGAAUUGCUUGAAUCUGGGAGGUGGAGGUGGCAGUGAGCUGAGAUUGCGCCACUGCACUCCAGCCUGCUGAGAGAGUGAGACUCUGCCUCAAAAAAAAAAAAAAAAAAAAGUGUUUUCCUUUGGCAUAUUAAAUCUACUUUCUAAUAUAAAAUUGGAUUUGUUCUUCAUACCAUUACACCAGAGUAAAUUCUAAACAGAUAAAAUAUUUAAAUGUACAAAUGAAACCAUACAGGUAUUAGAUGAAAACUUAGGUAAGUUACUUUACGACCUGAGAGAAGGUUUUCCUAACUAUGACUCCAAAUUCAGAAGCAAUUAAGGAAAAGAACUGGUAAGUACAAUUACAUAAAAUAAAAAGAUAAAAAAAUAAAAGACCUUUUCAUGGCAAAGCCUUUGCCUAAGCAAAGUGAAAGGAAAAUAAAAAACUGUAAAAAAAUCUUUUCGGCUUACAUCACAGACGGAGCUUCUAAAAACAGAAAAGACUAACAACCUUAGAAUCAGGUUAAACCUACAUUGCUCAGAGAUAGACCAAGAUUUUUUUAUAGAAAAAUAAAUACAAAUGGCUCCUAACCACUUGAAAAUGUGCUCACUUUUGCUCUUAAUAAGAGAAAUGUAAGUUAAAACUACCCCUUUUCUCAACUAUCCGAUGAAUAAAAAUUCAAGGUUUUGAUAAUAUACUCUGUUGGCAAGGCUAUGGGGAAACAGACACUGUUAGCCAUGGCUGGGGGGGAUGCAAAAUGGAGGAGCCAUAUGGAAGAAUUUGGGAGUAAAUAGAAAGUUUUUUCUUUGAGAUGGAGUCUUGCUUUGUUGCCAGGCUGGAGUGCAGUGGUGUGAUCUUGGCUCACUGUGACCUCCGCCUCCCAGUUCUGGCGAUUCCCCUGCCUAGCUUCCUGAGUAGCAGGGACUACAGGCACACGCCACCACACCCAGCUGUUUUUUUUUUUUUUUUUUGUAUUUUAGUAGAGACUGAGUUUCACCAUGUUGGCCAGGAUGGUCUCAAUCUCCUGACCUCGUGAUCCACCCACCUUGGCCUUAACUAUCUGAUGAGACAGAGUCAUGCUCUGUCUACUAUCUCCAUAGCAGAGGACUGGGUGAUUAAACUAUAGAGCUAUCAGCAGAAUAAGAAAAGUUUUUCUAUACUAUAGAAUGAUCUCCAGGAUAUAAGUGGAAAAGCAAGUGGAAUACAACUGUAUACAAUACACUGCCAGUUACCUAAGGUAAGCAGGAAUAGAACUAACUGCACACAUUCGCUCCACUGAAAAAUCAUGGAAGGAUAAAGUAUAAAACUGAAAGAAGUUUUCCCUGUAGGGAAAGGGAAGAUACAGGGUUAGGGGGCUGGAGAAGCUACAUUUCUUUUGUUUUUUUUUUUCUUUCUUUUUCCACCUGGUUUUACUGGAUAGAUUUCUUUUACUAUAUCUUAUUUUAUAGAUUUGACUUUCAAGCCAUGCAGAUAUUUUACAUAACUAUAAAAUAGUAUAUUUUUAAUACAGUUAUCCCUAGAAAUAAAUGAACCUAUGUAUUCAAUUGGUGGCAUUAGCAUACAGAACAAUUAUGCCCAGUAAUUUGAGUGUACAUCCCUUAGUAGGUUACACUCUAAUAAACAAAAACAAAAGAA